AUGUUUUCAACAAGGAGUGAAUAUGAUAGGGGAGUAAAUACCUUUUCUCCUGAAGGACGACUUUUUCAAGUUGAAUAUGCCUUAGGGGCGAUAAAACUUGGUAGUACGGCGGUAGGUAUUUGUGUGAACGAUGGAGUGAUAUUAGCAUCGGAGAGAAGAAUUUCUUCAACUCUUAUUGAGAAAGAUUCGGUUGAGAAAUUAUUAUCAAUUGAUGAUCAUAUUGGUUGUGCUAUGAGUGGUUUGAUGGCUGAUGCAAGAACAUUAAUUGAUUAUGCAAGAGUUGAGUGUAAUCAUUAUAAAUUUAUUUAUAAUGAGAAUAUAAAUAUAAAGUCAUGUGUAGAACUAAUAUCUGAAUUAGCUUUAGAUUUCUCUAAUUUGUCUGAUAGUAAAAGAAAAAAGAUUAUGAGCAGACCAUUCGGAGUUGCCUUAUUAAUUGGUGGUGUCGAUAAGAACGGUCCUUGCUUAUGGUAUACUGAACCUUCAGGAACGAAUACAAGAUUUUCAGCAGCUUCUAUAGGUUCAGCACAAGAAGGAGCAGAAUUAUUAUUACAAGAAAAUUAUAAAAAAGAUAUGACAUUUGAAGAAGCUGAAAUUUUAGCUCUUACGGUUCUAAGACAAGUUAUGGAAGAUAAACUUUCAACAUCAAAUGUUGAAAUAUGUGCUAUAAAAAAAUCAGAUCAAACUUUUUAUAAAUAUAAUACGGAUGAUAUAUCUAGAAUUAUUGACGUAUUACCAUCGCCCGUUUAUCCCACCAUAGACUUGGCAGCUUAG